CCGGCAUGCAGCGUACGAAUCCAUCCCAUCCCCUUUUUUCUUUUCUUUUUUAUUUAUUUUUGGCUGUCAACCCCUCCCUCUAUAUUUACCCUCCCCCACUUCUCUUUCCAUUUUUACUCCCCCUUUUAAUUCUCCACUACACACAAAUAAGAAUCUAAAAUCUCCAUUUUUAAUCUUUUGACUCGUAAUCCCAAACCACUACAAAUGGUUUGACGAAUUGUAGAGCGAGGACAAUAAUUUGAGCUCAAUAAUGCCGUGUGUGGGGACAAAAAUCGUAGAGCGAGGACAAUAAUUUGUUGUGCGAUUAAAACAUGCGCCUGGCCUGGAAUUAUUUCAUUUCAGUGCAGACCUUGCAAACAAAGAGCUUGACGAAUUGAAGUAUUCGAUCUAGCAGCAUACAUAUACAUGGGUGAUGCAUAUAUUGAGGUUGAAUCUGAACUCCCAGAGGUAGUAGCCGCCGGCGAAGAAAAGUUUAACGAGGACGUUGACAGAGAGCUGAUCCGGUCGAUGGAAAAAGAGCUAUCGGCUGAUUGGCCGCGACGUCGUGUCGGGAAAUUGGUGGACUACAGUUGCUGCAUUUUCCGGGUACCCGUGAGGUUCGGGCAGAGGGGGAUUGUACCGUCGACGGUGUCAAUCGGUCCAUACCAUGACAACAAGAGGGAGGAGUAUCGAGCGAUGGAGAAGAACAAGCGGAGGAGCUUGGCGUCAUUGCUUGAGAGGACGAGGGAGGAAAAGGGCUUGACUCUGGAGGACUACUUUGUCAAAGUCAAAUGUCUGGAAGAAGAAGCCAGAGACUACUAUUCUGAGGCCAUCCCUCUGGCAAGCCAUGAAUUUCUAGCUAUUUUGGUUGUUGAUGGCUGCUUCAUUGUGGAGCUUUUUCGGAAAUGGUUCGGGAUAGUUGAUCUUGAGGAGGAUGACCCAUUAUUUAUUUUCGGGGAUUCUACAGCUGUUGCCCUCUUGAAUGACCUACUCUCCAUCGAGAACCAAAUACCCUUUUUCGUCCUCCAAGCCUUGUUUGACCUCACAAAAUCUCCGGACGACGACCCCGGGUGGUCGCUGCCCUUUAUCUUCCUCAACAUCUUUCGUGACGACCCAUCAUUCAGUAGACCAGAGGCCAUUUUGGACGGGGUUGAAGGCAUCCGGUGGCGGCAUUUACUGGAAAUUUUGCGGUGGAGUUUCAUCCAGCGGCUGCCUCAGCGUGAACCUCCACGCAAACCGCCGGGAUUUGCGUGGAGCCGCGCCAUUCUGAGGCAGCUGCGUGGAACCAAGGCGAAGGUCGUCCCAAAGAGCCGCGGCGGGAUGCAGUGCAUCUCUAAGCUGCGUAAAGCCGGAAUCAAGCCGACGCCCAGCAAAGAAGGGGACAGUGUCCGAGCGAUCGGGUUCAAUGGGGGGACGAUCGUAAUGCCUCCGAUCCGAAUUGACGGCUUCAUGGCGGCAUUCCUGCAGAACUGCGUGGUGUACGAGCAAUACCUUCCUGAUAGAUGCAAAUCCAUCACAGAGUACGCCAUAUUUCUGGACCGCCUCAUAGACACGCACGCAGACGUGGGGGUUUUGCGCGAGGAAGGCGUCUUGACCAACUAUUAUGGGACGGAUGGCGAGUUGGCGAAGGCGGUGAAUGAGCUUGUGAAAGGCGUGAACACCUCCUUUUGUGAUGAGGAAGGCGACUUGUCCCAAGUGUCUCGCCAGAUCAACCUGUACUACAACAGCACUUAUUGGCACUUUCAUUGGGCCGCCUUCAAAGACAAAUACUUCAACUCCCCUUGGUCCUCCAUCUCUUUCUUCGCUGCCAUUGUUCUUCUCCUCCUCUCCGUCACCCAGACUGUUUUCGCCAUUCUCCCUUAUUUCAAGCCUCUGCAUUAUGAUAAAAAAGGGUAAGACGAAGUUUCUAUGAGGAAAACGAGGGAGCGAAACAUGUGCCAAAAUCAGCUAUCAAGAAUGAUUUUGGCGACUUCAGGAUAGUUAUUAUUUUAUUUAAGCAUUUCAGUUUUAUAAUAAAGUGAUAAUUAUUACUUAAAUUUGAUUGAUAAUUUAUUUUUAUAUAUUGAAGUUGGAUAAAUUUCUGGAUCCAUAUAUCAUACGUAGUAUAUGGUUAUCAGAUUUGUUAGUGUCGAUAACAAGAUUUUAUUAAGUUUUUGUUUGAGCUUAUUUUAUACCGAGUAUACUCUACGAGAUUUUUAGUAGGG